CUCUCUGAAGGAUAUUUAAGGCUCUCACACAGGGAGCUGCAGAUACAGUCGGGUAGCAGCUCCUCCAGUCUCGCGACUGGUGUUCUUUUUUUGGGGGGGUCAUUGCCUUUCUUUCCUCAUCUAUCCUCUCCUUUUUGCUACCCUGAUUUUAUUUUGCUUCUUUUUUGCAUUUUCCUUCCCCCCUUCUCCACUUUUUUCCUCUCUUUUUUUGCGUUGAGCUGAAUCAGCGUAGGAAAACACACAGCCCAGCCUGUGUUGAAACCCAAAAAGCCAAUUAAUAAUAAAAAAGCGAGAACAAGCCUCGCCGUGACAGGUUGAGCUGGUCAGUAUCGGAUGAGAGCCAGUGCCGGGGCUCCUUGGGGCACUGCCUGCUCCCCAGGCGCCGGGACCCCUGCAGUCCCCGGGGGCCAGCUGCUCUGCGGACCACUCCCGGGCCACUGUGCCCAAGAGAUACUCGGAGUGGACCCGGAGGUUCUGUGGGACUUGGUCUCCUUUAGAAUUCUUACUCCCGCCGCAGCUCCCUCCUGCUAGCUGAGGGUGCUUUGGGCUCACUGCUGGGUGGGGUGAGCUAGGAAGAGGAUGCAGUUUCUGGGCUCUGAGACGAUCUAGCCGAGGACCAUUUAUUCUCUUCUCCCUGCCUCCGUGGUUCAGCAAACUAGCGCUGCAAACUCGACCUGAACUUUGGCGGAAGCCACCCUUUCCCUUUUUGUUUGAUUUUUUUCUCUUCCUCUUAUUUUCAAAUUAUUCGUGGAGGUGCUAGGGCCGGAGUGAAAAAUCAAACGGCCCAAACCGCCCCCCCCAUCAUGCUGGGCCAGAACCAAGUAGGGAAGGGAGGACGUGAUGGGGCCGAGAAGAAGCCCAGCUCUUCUGCGGGGCAGCGCUGCCUCCGGACUUCGGCCCCUUGCUCCCUGCUGCCGGCUGUGCUGUCCGUGAUGUGUGUGGUUGCCUGCUUGUACCUGGGGGUGAAAACCAACGAGCUGCAGGCGAGAAUCUCGGCCAUCGAGGCAGCCAAAGGGGAACUUCCUUCUCAGCUCCUGCCGGCUUCCUUGGAUCAGUUGGAAGUAAUGAUGCAAGAAAAAAUGGACCGGCUUCUGGCUCAGAAAUCCUACGAGCAUUUGGCCAAAGUAAGAAUCGCCAGAGAAUCACCUCUAGAGUGUAACUGCCCAGCAGGCCCUCCUGGGAAACGUGGUAAGAGGGGAAGAAGAGGAGAAUCUGGUCCUCCUGGUCAGCCGGGUCCACAGGGCCCUCCUGGUCCCAAAGGUGACAAGGGAGAUCAAGGGGAUCAGGGCCCUCGGAUGGUGUUUCCUAAAAUCAAUCAUGGGUUUCUCUCUGCUGAUCAGCAGCUCAUUAAACGCCGCCUCAUUAAGGGUGACCAAGGACAAGCUGGUCCUCCUGGACCCCCUGGCCCACCAGGACCCAGAGGGCCCCCUGGGGACACAGGGAAAGAUGGUCCCCGUGGGAUGCCAGGAGUACCUGGUGAACCAGGAAAACCAGGAGAACAAGGCUUAAUGGGACCUCUGGGGCCUCCAGGACAAAAGGGUUCUAUUGGAGUACCUGGCACCCCAGGGAUGGAUGGGAAAAUGGGUGAACCUGGCUUGCCUGGAGCAGUGGGGCAGAAUGGAACACCUGGGCUUAAGGGCAAUCCUGGAGAACGAGGAGAAAAGGGAGAUGCUGGAGAGAGUGGACCCAAAGGUGACAUGGGUGAAAAGGGUGACCCUGGAUCUUCUGCUGCAGGAAUUAAGGGAGAACCUGGAGAGUCUGGCCGUCCAGGGCAAAAGGGUGAACCAGGGCUGCCUGGGCUGCCUGGACUUCCGGGGAUAAAGGGAGAGCCAGGCUUCAGUCCACAGGUUGAACCUGGGUUGCCAGGUUUACCUGGGACAUAGGGGGAACGGGGAGAAGCUGGGUCUCCUGGGAGAGGUGAGCGAGGCGAACCUGGAGUUCCUGGACUGAAGAACAAGGUGGAAUCAGGAGCUAGAGGUCCCAAAGGGUCAAAGGGUGAUCAUGGAGACAAAGGUGACUCUGGAGCUCUGGGACCAAGGGGUCCUCCUGGGCAAAAGGGAGAUCCAGGAGCAACAGAAAUCAUAGACUACAAUGGCAAUAUUCAUGAGGCCUUGCAGAGGAUUACUACCUUAACUGUCACGGGACCCCCAGGACCACCUGGACCACAAGGAUUGCAGGGACCAAAGGGUGAGCCAGGAUCUCCGGGAACACCAGGAGUUGAGGGUCCUAAAGGCUCAAAAGGAGAUAUGGGGGAUUCAGGUCAGCCAGUGAAAAGGGGAGGAAUUGGACUUCCUGAUUACCGGUGAGGUGCCAAUGGCAUGAAAGGAGAAAAAGGAGAUUCUGGCUUACCAGGUCCUCAGGGACCUUCUAUCAUUGGCCCACCAGGCCCACCGGGUCCCCAUGGUCCACCAGGUCCAAUGGGACCCCAUGGACUUCCUGGACCAAAGGGAGCAUCUGGCUUAGACGGAAAGCCAGGAUCCCGGGGGACAGAUGGCCCUAUUGGACCCCAUGGACCUGCCGGCCCUAAAGGAGAAAGAGGUGAAAAGGGAGCUGUGGGAGAGCCUGGACCCAGAGGACCUUAUGGUUUGCCUGGUUUUCCUGGUCCUCGAGGAGAGAAGGGUGAUUUAGGAGAGAAGGGAGAAAAGGGAUUCCGUGGAGUUAAGGGGGAAAAAGGGGAGCCGGGUCAGCCUGGCCUGGAUGGGCUCGAUGCCCCUUGCCAAUUGGGGCCAGAUGGAUUACCGAUGCCUGGGUGUUGGCAAAAGUGAUGAAUCUAACCUUACAAGCAUGAAGUUGUGUAUAUAAUGCUCUACAUUUUGUAUUUAUAGUUGAAAAAUGAAAUAUAGAUUUUACAAGUCUGAGAUAUGUUUACAUGUAUCUGCUUCUACCUGUUUGAAUUGGUCCAUAUGUAUAUCUUUUCUUCACUUACAUCUGAAGUUAGGCAGUAUAGGCAACCAUGUGGGAAAAAAAACAUGAAAACACCUAGAUUGAGAACUCUCUGGUAUGACAACAUGUAGCCAUGUGAACAUAGCAGAGAAAGAGAGUGAUCGUGCCUGCCAUGAUUUGCCCUUCCAUUGGACUCCCAUGGAUAAUAAAUUCCAUGAACUAGUAGUUUACAUGAAAUUGUGACCAAAUAUGGACUAAAAGCUAUGAAAUGUAUGGUACUGACUGAUUGUAUGUAGAGCUGAAUGUCUUCUUAUCCACAUUCACCUGGCCACCACCAUUGACCCUUAUCUGUUGAGAUAAACUAAAAGAGCAUGAAGUGUGUGCCCAACCUGCUUGUCGGAUGCUAACCUGCUGCUUGCUGACACCUUUGAUCCCAGUCACUGAACUUUUUUGUUCCUUUUGUCAUUCCCAAGGGGGUCACACCGUGGCUUAUUGCCAAAAAAAGAUAAGGCCAUCAAGCAAGAAUGCACAAAAGGUCUUGUAUUUUGAGGGAGCUGCAGUCCUGACUGCAGAGCAACAGCUUCCAGUUUUGUGGGGUCCCAUAGGCCACCUUGGUUGAAAGCACAAGGUGCCAGGCCUGUUGCCCACCAACAGUUUUCCUUGUACCGCUCCUGGCAGUGAAGACGUGCAAGGAGGACAAGUUCAACAUCACACGCUGUCUCUUGUGUGACCGAGUAAGGAAGAGGUUUAAAAAGGAGAACAAAGAAGUUUUUAAUUUAAAAUAAAUUUAAAGAAAAAAGAAUUCCACAGCUGAAACCAUGGGUGGUUUGGAGAGAUGGCAGAGAUGUCCAGUGGUUCUUCUGGGGUAGGAGACAUUUGAAACAAGAGACCUCCUCUCAGAGGAAUAAGACAACUGGCGGUCACAAUGUUGCACAAUAGGGUUGCUAAAGAAAGGACAGGCCUUGAUGAAGAGAAGUCAAAAUCACACACUCUCCUACAGUAUAAAGUGGCCAAGUUCAUCUGGACAGUCCAUGCUGCAACGUGAUUGGACAGUGUAUUUUUUUGAGAAACAAUCCAUGUUGAACCUUUCCUGCAGGGUUUUGGAAAUGGAUGAUAUUUUCAUUUCUUUUGUUUGUUUGUUUUGUUUUUUUUUUACUUUAGUCACCACCUUGCCCCCCUCCCAAGUAUAUGUUUAUUUGUUUCCAUUUUCUUUUACAUUUCUUGUGACCAAUUUUUAAGCGCUGGAAGUCCUUCAAAUCACAUGAGCCUAUUUCUAAAACCAUUACUUUUUUUUUUUAACUUUGAGUAUUCUCAUACUCAAAAAAAACUGGUCUCUGUCCUCCAACACUGUGACGGGGUUGGCCUGCAGUGACUGUCCUUUUGAAGACAGCUGGGAAGAGCCAAAGAAGAAGAGAGACUCAGACUCCUGAUUUUGUUAACUUUUAAGCAUCCAAAUGGUGCAUUUUGAUCAUUUCAGUGCUUUCCUAAUGACUUUCUUUCAUAUGGUAAAUAUAUAUAUAUAUAUGUAAGGUCACUCCUUGCCUGAAACAAGGCUCCGGGCACCUCUAACAGUGCAGAAUUGCUUUAUAUUCCUUAUGGUUCUAUUUAGAGCUAAGCUUUGUCUAUAUUCAGAUUCUUUUAUAAUUAUGGUUACAUACCUGAAUGUUUGUCUUAUCCACAGACCAAAUCUGAACUAUCAGGAAGAUGUCAGAGAUAGAGCUGCUCUUUCAUAAAUGGAGCAUCUGUUUCCACCUAUUUGUCCUCAAACCCCUAACCAUCUCAGGCUGUCUAUUUCUUGGAUGCUUUGAAAGGGAAAUGUUUUCCUGGCUAUUCAAAAUGGAAAGGUUACUUCAAAACAAGUCUCAGUAGAGGAAGAUCGCUACUUUGGAGCCAUGCUGUAAUUCAGAUCCCCUCCUGAGUGUGUGUCCUUUCAUGGGGAAGUUCCCAUUCCAUGCACACAUUUUCAAUAACCCAAAGGAAAAACAGAUGAUCUCCACCUCACUUUUAAUUCAGUUGUCAACAUUUCAGAGGGGAUCCUUGAUCUCUCUUUUGCAAUAUGUUGAUUGCAUGAUCAAUCAUACCAAAUGUCUUUUUUCGUUUUGUCUUGUUUUUCCCCCUACCCCUUUUAUUCUUCAGUGACUUCUUUCCAGGGUGGACAGGGCAGGGUAAUCAAACUACUGGAUGAAUUCAUCCUAUUGGUAACAAUUUCAGUAACAUUCCACCGGGGAGGCCUGUCCAGCAUUCUUGGGAGUCUUUGAAGAGCAACAUCUAAACUUCUGUGCUAUGACUUAAGUUAGGAUGGAGGGGACUUCAGUGAAUGGGGCAAAGAGGUCCUUCUUUGUCUGAAGCAAUUUGUCUUAAGCCAAUGUUGAACAGAGCCCUAAAGAGACUAGAGCUCUGGAGUCUUUAAGAAAAUAGCUGUAAGAAUAAGAAUGUGGUAGAGAGAUUUCAUCCUUGUUAUUUAUUUUCUUUCUUUUUCUCUUAUAGAAACAGAUAAAUUACUUUUUUUUGCAUAGAUUCAAAACAGAACGCAAAGAAACUUUUCUUGGGAAAGCCUCCAUUGGGAUGGUCUUCAAUAAAGUUUUUUUUUUCCUUUUUUAGUUUUUAAGUUUUAUGGGGCCGUUCCAACAUAUACAGUUUUGUAACUUAUAUAAUAAUUCUGGUUUUUAUUCAAUGAACAAAGGAAGCUGUGAACCUGAUUUCUGUGUACUUGGGAAUAUGACCAAAGGUACUUCUUAGCCCAGGAAGAAAACCUAGUAUAUAAACAUAAAGUACACCUGGAGGUCAAACUCAAAUUCUCAUCCAAAACUUUUCUUUCCAAUCUGUAAAUGUGGAAAACUUCUUUGUCUUGCAAGAAAAGAUGUAGUUAUCCAUUUCACUGACUGGAGAAGUUCUAUUAAUGUCAGGGUCUCUUUAUAUGACUUGAAGUGUGAUCUAAUGGGUUAGUCAUGCAGAUUUUGGAAAGAUGCCUAUUUUCUUUGUAUAUCUUUUUUGUUCAUGAUAGUGAUAUUGGAGGGAAUUGGUGGAACACAUAAGAAGUUUUAAAUAUAAAAGUCAGGCUUAGUCUAAUUAUAAAAAGAAAGAAUCCUUUGAAAACACAGAACUGGAUGUCUUAUCUUUAAAACUAUUUUGACCUUGUUUUAGUGCUAAUAUAUUAUUUUUCUUGGAAGAGCAGAGAGAGGAAGUAAAGUCCAUCAUGGGCCAUGUUUUGUGUACUUGGCAGCCUUCUAGCUUUGUGUCCUUGGCUAGCUUUGGAGUAGGAGAAGAGGGGAAUCCUUUUAAAAUGGAAAGACUUGCAGUGAUGAGGGUUCAAUGACUGGCCGUCUCAACUGCCACAAUUUAAUUUGCCUGAAUUUACAUAGAAUGUGCAUCCUCUCACUUAGUGGUUUAGCUUAUUUCUUAUUUUUUAUAUUCAUUUAUCAGUUUUCACACUAACCCCAGUCAAUUAUAAUAACAGAGUUAUUGGCCCCUGUCUAGAGGGGCUAAGUUGACAUGUACUACCUACCCUUAAACACAGGACACAAAUAUUUUCUCUGGUUUUCAGUUAUCUUAGUCUCAAUCUAGUUUGAGGAAACACCCCCCCCCCUUUUUUCUUUGGAUGUUUAUGGAAAAUUAAUCUAUGACAAGUUCUUGGUGCUAUACACAAACAUCCUUUCUUUUUUCCUUUCUUUUUGGUGAAUUUCUCAGCAGUCUCCUGAUGAGACAGGAAGUACCUGUAUAUAUUUUUGACAAUAACAAAAGUGUGUGUAUAAAUGCAAGUUUGGAAAAUGGUCAAAUCGGCAUGGCUGCAACUAUGAAAAUAUUGCGUGUAGCAUUUUGAAGUGUUUGAUCCCCUCUAAACUCAUUCUUUAUCUUGCUGAUGUAGUAUGAAAAGUUGAAAUUCUCAUUUUCUAGUUUUAUAUUAUUAAAAGUAUGACCCUAUUCAGAAAUGGGUUGUUUCUGUUCUGCUGUUUGGGCACCUUCCAAUAAAUGAAAACAUUAUGGUGGACAAACAGAUACCAGCAUUUAAGGCUUCAUUAGCUCUACUGCUUGGUGAUCAAAUUACUUGUUUGGUUCUUAUCAGCAAGUCUUCAAGAUUAUCUACGAGAGAGUCCUUUGAUCUCUAUAAUGUCUUACUUUCUUUUUCUUUUUUUUUUUAAACUAAAAACUUUGGUACCUCUAGUGAUGUGGUUCUGAGUGGGAACCCAUAGUUAGAAUUGUUAGUUUUAAUGAUAUGAUGUGUGUUGCAAUUAAAAUAGUACAUCUGAGGUAUUAUUAAUAUUUAUAAGCAUUUAUUGCAAUCCUGCUAACUUAUUAGGAAAGUAAGGAUGCUACCAUUUCCCUUGAAGCUUUGCCUUUGAGAUCCAUGGUAGGAAAUCACACCUAACUUGAAUUUCUGGUGCAGUUUUGUACCAACACAGUAUAGAAGGAAUAGCAUAAAAAUAAUGCCCUUUUAAAAAGCUAAUCAUGAUGGUAGAUACUUGGUGAACUUACUCAACCCAGAACUUCAUUUGUUUAAUGUUUAACCAAAAAUUAUCAGACUUUCUUAUAAUGCAGUUGGUACUUGCACACAUCUCAGAAAUAUUAGAUUCAUGGAAGAUGUUUUACAUAUUGUUAACACUUUUGUGGAUAUUUUUAUUAUUGUACAUGUUUGGGAAAGUAGAAUACUGUGCAACUCAUUAACAUUUGUAAAAGAUGUAGCUGACCAUCUUUUUCCUUUGGAAAAUAUAUUUUUCUUUGUAUUUUCACUUUUUAAAAGUUCAUCAAUACGUGCAGUUAUUUUUGUAUUACAGAAGACAAGUGAUUUCAUCAAUAGACAGGAGAAAAAUGCAAAAAGUAUUUUGGCAAGCUUUAUGGUUGAAACUUAUAGACCAGUCUCAUGAUAUUGAUUAUAUUAAGAAUAUGUUGUGUGUUAUCACUGUAAAUAUGACACAAAUCUGGAUUUCCCCAUUAUGUAAAUAAUAUCAAAGUUGCAUUUUGGUGAUUUAUUUUAUCUCAUUGUAACCUUGAUGUCUUACUUUGCUAAAUCAGGAAAAAAAAAACCAGCAUGGGUUUGAUUUUUGGUUUGAAAAUAUUGCCUUGAUUUUUCAUUUUCCAUUUUCCAUUGUUUUAUUUGAGGUUUUUUUUUAAUUGUCUAGGGGGUCCCUAGUUUGUGAGAAGUUGAUCUUCAGAAUUAUUUUUACACUAUUUAUGACUUAUUUUCAUAAUGUAAAAAGUGUGUAAUUAUUAAAAUCUUAAU